AUGUUUUUCAUCAAAUACACCUCCUGCUUUCGAGCUUUCCUUCUUGGUCUCCUAACUCUUGGGACAGUCACUGCGGUACCCACUAGUAGGGACAGCGGCCCUCUCGCACUGUCGCCCACACCUCAAGAGAUUUCUUCCCAUGGCCGGGGAGUCUUGCUUACUGGAGAUGUCACUAUUGUGACAGGCAAUGCCACAGACUCGGCCAUAAUUGAUUUGAUCAAGAUAGUCAUUGGUACCGAGUCUGAGAAUGAAAUUGCUGGUACCAUAGCGAAAGCUUUCACAGGGAGCUCUGCAGAUGGGUUCACUGCCGAUGGGUACAUCCUUGUAGCUGGCGAUUUCAAAGGGCAGCCGAGUAUCGUGCUCAAUGGCGUGGAUAAGCGUGGCACCUUCUAUGCCGCACAGACGCUUCGUCAGCUCGGCAAUGGCCAUACUAUUCCUAGUGUCAAGAUACGAGACUGGCCACUUAUGUCCAUUCGUGGCUCUAUUGAGGGCUUCUAUGGACAGCCAUGGUCCCACCAGGCGCGUCUCGACCAGUUCGUCUUCUAUGGAAAACACAAGAUGAACACUUAUGUCUAUACCCCCAAGGAUGACCCCCUACUUCGUGCAAAGUGGCGCACACUUUACACUGGCAACGCCCUUACCCAGCUCCAAGAACUCAUUGACACUGCUAAUACCAAUCAUGUCGACUUCACCUUUGCUCUGUCUCCGGGUCUGGACUUGUGUUACUCCUCGGAUGCCGACUUCAAUGCCACAAUCACCAAGCUUGAUCAAGCUCGUAAACUUGGCGUUCGAAGCUUUUACAUUGCCUUUGAUGACAUACCUACAAAAUUCCACUGUGACUCAGAUAAGCAAAAGUGGGUUGACACGGGUAACUGGCAUUGGCUGGCCGAUGCCCAGGCUUACUAUCUGAACCGCAUUCAGAAAGAAUAUCUGGUGCCAAACGGCCUCAACGAUCUUGAGACCGUACCCACCAACUAUGCUGGCAGCGCACCAAAUCCUUACAAGGAAGAUUUUGGUACCAUGCUGAACAAAAACAUCAGCAUCCAGUGGACCGGUGAAGGCGUGUUCAGCGAUCAGAUCAACGACACAAGUGUGCAACGGGCCGCCUCGACUUAUGUCACAGAGAAGUUGUUCUUGUGGGACAAUUUCCCCGUGAACGAUGGCAAUCGUAACCGGCUAUUCCUCAACCCCCUUACUGGUCGUUCAGCAGAUUUGCACAAGUAUCUCCUCGGCUUCACCUCGAAUCCGAUGGAGCAGGCCUACGCCUCCAUGCCCGCCCUUGCCAACUACGGCGAUUACAUGUGGAACGGGCCAAAGUAUGAUGCCGACCAGUCAAUGGCUGCAAUAUUGUGGGAACUUUCAGGCAGUGAUAAAGCCGUCCACGGAGCACUGCUAGCAUUCGUAGAUCUGAACCAAAAUUGGCCAUACCGCUCUCCCCAGAUUCAUUCGCCUCAGUUAAGCAGCGAUAUCACAGCCUUCUGGGCGGCUAGAAAAGCGUCCCCACACACCAAAAGUCGACAUACAAACGGAGAAUCGGCCUUGAUCAACCGCCUUGCCCUUCUCACUACACUCCCUGACGUUCUUCCGCGCAUGGAAAUGAAGGGUUUUGCGAAUGAUGUGGCUCCCUGGUCAACCGUUGCCAUGCAAUGGGCCAAGGCUUGCCAACACUUGAUUGCUAUGCUCCAUGCGCUUGAUGAGGGCCAUAAGACAGAGGCUCACAGCGAGUUCACUGCCGCCCAGGGCUGGGUCAAUAAAACUAAGACCAAGACCGUGAAUGACCGAAACGAUGAGGGCCAAGAGCUUCCCAAAUCGAUCAUCCCUAUUACUGGUGAUGGCUUGUUCGACAAAUUUUUGGCAAAUGCCACGGCUAUUUACAAGGGCCACUAA